GUCGGGGUGAGGACGGGCGGGGACGUGGCACGAAGGGGGAAGCACGGGAGCGAGCGAGCAAACGUGUUUUUAAACAUUUCAUCCGCUAUUGUUCGGCCACUCUGGGAAGCUGCUCUUUGGAGAGGCGUCUGAUUUUCGAGGGAACUCUCCCAGUGCGAGCGCUGUAAAUAUCUCAACAGAUGCUUGGCUUGUUGGUAAUCAGCUCGGCUCCUUGGCGGUCAGUGCAGCAGCGGCAGCGGCAGCAGGGUAUUAAUUCUGGAUAUGAGGGCUCUCCACAACAUUUGGUUCUUUUUUUCCAGAAAGGAAAGCUGGAAAAGGGGAGGGAUCGCCCGUGAGUCUGACUGACAGUUUACAUAAUGAGCUUGAGAGGAUGCGAGGCAACUAUAUAAACAGCUCGAAGGGAAGCAAGUUUUCCAUUUACUGAGCGCUGUUAGCACCAGUUAAAGGAGGAGCAGUUCAACACUAAGCACUCCCCUUUGCGUCUCUCACCAAAUCCCCUCGGCUCUGGAGUUUAUAAAGGCGACUAAAGCAAUCAGAGUUUGGUCGUUGGCUGCAGGAUUAAUUCCCAGAAGUGGACGUUUUAACACCUGGAUUUUACCUUCCAAUUUCUGCUGGUGCUCGGGGAAUAUUUGGAAGAGCAGGUUGCUCUAGGAGACUCGCCGUGACGCCUCUCUUUUCUCCAUCAAGCGAGAAGCGCUUACUUGGACCAUUUGAGGAAUACAGGAGGAAAACUAAACCCACUAAGAAUUGGAAGCCUUGAGUAACACAAGGAUGACAGCCUUGCGCAUCUUUGGCUUGACGUUUCUGUUAAUGAUUUUGCAGCAGAGGGUGUCCGGCUCUGGCGUCUUCCAACUGGAGCUGCACGAGUUCGUGAAUAGCCACGGGGCUCUGGCCAGCGGGAAGCCCUGCUCCCCCCACUGCAGGACCUUCUUUCGCGUUUGCUUGAAGCAUUUUCAGGCAGUGGUCUCCCCGGGCUCCUGCACUUUCGGCAGCAUCAUCACCCCAGUACUGGGAAUAAACUCCUUCAGCGUCAAGGAUACAGAGAGAUUUGACAGCCCCAUUAAGUUACCCUUUAACUUCACGUGGCCGGUGAGAUUCCACUUUAGACCUGAUUGCAGUUGCGGGGCAGGAGGGCGGCAGGGAAGGCUGAUCGCAGCGCGCUCAUUUCUGCUUUUUUAUGUUCUCUUCACAGCCAUUUGUCUGUCUGGAUGUACUGAACAGAAUGGAUACUGUAACAAACCUGGGGAGUGCAUCUGUCGUCCCGGUUGGCAAGGCCGCUACUGUGAUGAAUGCAUUCCACAUAUAGGCUGCCGCCACGGGACUUGUAAAACACAAUGGCAGUGCAUAUGUGAUGAAGGAUGGGGUGGCCUCUUCUGUGAUCAAGAUCUGAAUUAUUGCACUCAUCACAGACCAUGCAAAAAUGGAGCAACUUGCAUGAACACUGGCCAAGGCAGUUACACAUGUUCAUGCAAACCUGGCUUUACUGGUGUUGAUUGCGAACAUGAGAUCAGCGAGUGUGACAGCAACCCUUGUAGGAAUGGUGGUAGUUGCACGGAUAUGGAGAAUGGUUAUCACUGCCUGUGCCCCCCUGGAUACUAUGGAACUCACUGUGAGCACAGUGCUUUGACAUGUAUAGAUUCUCCAUGUUUUAACGGCGGCACAUGCUUGGAAAAAGAACAAGGGGCUAGCUACACUUGCCUUUGCCCUUUAGGCUUCACAGGGUCAAACUGUGAAAAAAAAGUAGAUCGGUGCACAAGCAACCCAUGUGCAAAUGGUGGCAAUUGCUUUUACCUGGGUCAGAUUCGUGUGUGUCGUUGUCGGGCUGGUUUCUCUGGUCAGAAAUGUGAGAUAAACAUCAACGAUUGUGCCAGGAGCCCAUGUUCCAACGGGGGAACUUGCCAUGACCUGAUCAACGACUACACCUGCACAUGCUUGCCAGGCUAUACUGGCAGGAACUGCGACAUCAAAACCAGAGAUGAAUGUGCUUCUGGGCCAUGUGAGAAUGGAGGCACAUGCUACAGCGGACUUUAUAGUGCCAACUUUGUCUGCUACUGUCCUUCUGGCUUCAUGGGCAACCGUUGUGAGCUACCCGUUUAUACCGUGCCUGUUACACUUCCUCCUAAACCAAUCCCCUGGAUUGCUAUAUCCAUGGGGGUGGGGCUGGUGGCUUUGCUCAUACUGUUCUGCAUGAUAGCAAUGGUCAUCAGGCAGAUGAGGAUGCACCCAGAGCAGGAGCUGGAGACAAUGAACAACCUAUCUGACUUCCAGAAGGACAAUCUCAUUCCAGCUUCACAGCUCAAAAACACCAAUAAAAAUAAAGACCUCGAAGUGGACUGUGGGCUGGAAAAAUCAAACUACAAACCCAAGAAUCAUAAACUGGACUAUAAUCUGGUAAAAGACCUGACAAGUAGAGGGACACAGGAGGAUAAAUAUUACAAAAGUGAAAAGUGUCUAGGAGAAAAAUCUCCCCUCCGACUACACAGUGAAAAGCCAGAAUGUAGGAUAUCAGCGAUAUGCUCUCCAAGGGAUUCAAUGUACCAAUCUGUCUUUGUGAUAACAGAAGAAAGGAACGAGUGCAUCAUAGCCACAGAGGUAUAAGACUGAGGAUCAGUCCGUUUGCACCUCAGAUUUGGUAAUGCCAGUAGAUGGACGUUCCUGCUGCAUUGUUUACAAUUCAGAACUGGAUUGGACUGUUUUAAUUACAUGCAACUUGCUGCUCUCAGGCGGAGGAUGGAACUGGGUGAACUGGACAGACUGUGAAUUUACCGAAAGAUGCAAUACACCUUUUUGUUCUAACUGCCCUUGUUUGAAGUUUGAUACCAGAAAUCUCAUUGGCUAUAGAAAAGGGGAGGCAGAGGGAAGAGAAAGGGGUUUAAAAAUGUAUCAAAACAAUAACAUUUUUAAAGAUAUUGAGGCCAGUUCCUCAUGGACAGACCCGUGGCUUUCCAGAACUCUGGUUAUGGGAGGUGCCAGUAGAGGAGGAGACACUGAACUUUCACAGAUGUUGCGACGGAAGAUGUGAAGAAAGACACAUUGCUAUGCAGAUAACGGAUACAGAAUACAUGAGAUCUCCAUUUUUUUUUCUGGGUUUAAAAGUGCCUAAAAUGUGUCAAGAGAAUCUUGAGCCCAAACAGACACUUGACUGCUCUGUUUGCAGUUACCUGAACAGUAUUGGGCAGGAGUGAUUGACACUUCCUGCUAUACAUCUAUUUGCAUCUCCUCUCUCCUGCUGCAUGUAUUGGAGACAGUUUAAGGGUGAGAGGAGGAAGGAAAGAGGGAUACAGAAUUUACAUUUCAUCUCAUUUGGUGAUGCUUUGGAGAACUGAUUGACCCAAGCCACGAUAUGGGACAGGAUUGUCAUGGAUUUAAACCCCUGAGAAGGGAAAGGUGUGAUAAGGAAUGUCUACUGCCUCUUCCCUGUUAUGAGGAGAGACAUAAUCCCAGCCUUACAAAUGCGUUUAAAAUCAAUCAGCUUCUAGAACCUAUAUGGGCUGAGCUGUCUCAGCGGUUUUCAUGCCCUUUGCACUACCAGUGAUUGUGAAUAGAAAUUAUAUUUUUCUUCUCCUCCCUCAUUCUCUCUCCCUCCCUUACUUCUUGCACAGAUUUGGGGUUUUAUGCCACCUUCUACUGCAAGUAGUCUCAAAGUCACAGCUGUUACUUUCUGAAGAAGAAAUACUGUCACCCCCCCCCCAAUUGCUCUGUCUCAUUGUCAAAUUCCCACUUCUGUUGUUCCAAAUGUCCAAUAGAGAAGCAUCCACUGAGAAGCCCUCUGCCGAAACAGGUGGAGAUUAGAGUGAGAAGGUUCUAGGUGUGUCCCCUUUCUUUCAUAACUACCCACCCACUGCUAUAGGGAAAGGGGGAAGUGUGCCCCUGGAAACUAAGAGGCAUACCUAAACUAUUUUCUUACAUACAUAUUUACAGAAUAAUAUUGACACCUCAGUGGAAAGUGCUGUGACACUAUAAUAAGAUGAGACUUUGGGAUGCGGCAGAAUGAGGAGGGAGGAAAGAAGAUCACUUCAAAGAAACCUGGAUCGUGCUAUCUCUCAGACAGUGAUAGUCCUGCCCUUGUAAAGCCUGUCAUUGGACUAGCCAAUCUACUGCUUUGGACUGUGCAGACAAGGCCCUUUCAUAAUGUCCACUACUGACCUUCUGCUCUGACCAUGUAGGACCAUUUUGAAGAUGACCUUCAGAAAUCAAUAAUAUGGGUUUUAGUUUGUCUGUCUGUAGUUUAUUUUGAAGUCUAGUAUUUCAGUAAUUUAAAAAAAUCAGAAGCACUGAACUUUCUACGUUUUAUAACAUUAUUUUGUAUAUAAUGUAUAUUUAUAAUCAAAACAGAAGUGUAAAUAUGUUUAUUACUUCUCAUGUAAUGUUUUUAAUGUGAUGACAAAGUUUGAAUUUUAUUUUUUUUUCAAACAAUGAAAAUACUUUCC